UGGUAAACUGGCGUCAAACAUAUAAAACGUGCCCAACGCCAAAGGCGUGGGUGUUGACAUGAGAGUAGUUGCAUGGCUGCUGGCUUUUCAGGCUAUGGCAAUGGAUCAGAAGAGCUUACCAAAGAUUCCACAGCAUCUUUGCUGCGCUUCGGUGGGCCCUAAUCCUGAAGAUGUCCGAGCCAUGCUCCCAGAGGCUUUCAACCACUCGGCUGUACGCAUUGUGGAGUGUACCAAGCUGAGCGGAACUGAUUUUGUUCACAGAGUAGGCACUGCCUGCAGCUACUGUAUGUGUCUUUGGGAAGAUGGUGCAGACUUGCAGACCAGUGCCGAGUGUUGUUCUUUGACAAACUUUGGAACACCUGGCUACAACACAGCAACUGGUUACACGACCUGUCAAAAGUGCUACGCUCAGAAGAUGCUCAGGAAUCAAUGGGACAAAGUAGAACUGCUAAGGUACAAGCAGACGUACAACCUGAAGACAGGUGUUGUCCGUUCCUGUGAGCUUCGCUACGACAUGUAUUCCUUCAAGAGUGCAGCAGGUUGGCGAAGAGUCGGCAAAGUUGUUUGGGCUUUGAUUUUCGGCUUACACCGUUUGAUUGCUUGGACUUAGGUUUUGCGUAGUCGUUUCUGGUGUUUGGUCACCACUUGUUUCACCUGCAUUGGUUUUUCUACCAGCGAAGUCAAUGCAAAGUUUUUUUGGCC